CAGUGCUUUAUAAUAGCAUACAUUUAUCAUUCAUACGCUGCAUAGUUAGUGCAGGUUAUUAUUACAUAGUCAAGUAGCUUUUCAUCGAGUAGUUCCAAAUGUGUCGGUGCAUAAUCAAUGGACACAAGCAUUUUAUAUGUAAACCAUGCAAAAGCCGCGUCUCUAAAACUCAGAACGAAUUCCGAGACGUACAUUUUCUAAAUAUAUAUUUGUUUCGCUCGACCAAUCGUAGAAACAGUAAUCGUAGGUAAAUUAUGAGAUAGAGAAUAUUUGAAUAAAGAAUAUUCCAAUGGAUUUAAAGAAGUAGCGGAUGUAUCGCGAUCGAUAAUAUCGAACCGCCAACAGGUGUAACUUAAAUGGAACAUGAUAAUAAUGCCUAAGAGGCCUUGGGAAGACGUACCACUUGUGGUCGCGAAUAGAAGUGACGUUAAUUGAACGCUCUUAGAUAUGUUAUUUAACAACUUUACACUUCCUCGCGAGGCUCUCGAGCUCGCUCUGAAUAACUUUCAACCUCGUUAUACACUCCGUGCAUUUUUAAUUCCGCGUUUAGACGAAUGACGAUUCGCCGAUAAAUUCUCACACUGGUAUUUUGUUUGUCAUACGACAAUUUUUUUUAUUGUAUUGAUUGACUACGGAAUAAAGAAAUUCUUGAGCCUCUAUUUUGUAGCUAAUCAAUAACGCUUAAAAAAUUUAUACAACAAAUAUAUGUAUUAUAUAGUAUCUCUAAUUUUCAAGAAGAGCUAAUCACAUAUUUUUUUUUACUAUGCGUAAGAUAUUUUGAAGUUUCGAGAAAACAAAAUUUCUUAUACGAUCAGUCCAUAAAAAGAAACUUACACUGAUCGAAUCGAUUAGCGAGUUCUCUGGAUAUCCUUCAAAAGUCUUCCAAGCUCUCACCUACGUUAUUCACGUGCAUUUGUCCGUUCCAUUUUAUUUUAUUUUAUUUCGAAAAUUAUUUCUUUUGCACUCGAUCUUUUAGCUUGUCAAAAGAGAAAGAAGUCGAUGAACAAUAGAGAAAUGUUCAAGAGUCGAGGGAGAUUUCCGCGUGACAGCCUCGGCCACCUGUAGCUGACGAUAUUGAUCGGGCCGAAAGAUGGCCACGCCCGGGUUCACUCUCGCGUCGCUGCGUGCCGGCAUCCCGUAUUCACCCUCUUUCAGAGUUAUCUCCUUCUCUCCCUUUCUCGGUUGUCGCCGCCGUCGGUGGCCGCAUGCCGCACGCGGCGACGCGCUGUUCCCAACCCCCGACGCACACAUUAUCCCGCAGCUGAUUAUGAACGAGUGCGUCGUCGUUACUGUUCCAGCCGCGUUCAUGCACGUGCGCGACAACAUCGAGGAAUUGGGCAAAGUCGCCGACGACACGGACCUGCUGUUCCUGAAGGGCCUCCUCGACAGCCCGGUCGUCACAUCCCUCGUGAAGGUGCAGGAGCGUCUCGAGGAUCCACCGGUACCUGUGGAACCAGUAUGCUCAUCCGUAUGUGACAUCGUCGACGAAGUGUGUCACGCCUUCCGAACCUCCAGGGACCCGCGUGCUAGGGAGCUGGUGAAUCUUCUCGGUAACGCGCAUUUGAAAGCGCUCUUGGAGACACACGACGCGGUUGUGGAACGCAGGGAAGAGACGCCUUCUAAAUCGCCCGAUCCGUCCGCGUCGACGAUGCCGACGAACAAGAAGGAGGAGAUGCCUAUCAGGGUGGUCGGUCUUCGAAGGCAACCGGAUGAACCCCUGGGUUUGACGGUGCAAGUAGAUGAGUCUGGAAAUUUGAUCAUUGCCAGGAUUCUUGGUGGCAGCACGGCGGCUCGUCAAGAACUCAUGAAGACAGGUGAAGUGAUACUCGAGGUCAACGGCAAGAGAGUUCGAAAUCCCGAGGAGCUUCAGCAGGCGAUCCAGGACGCCAAGGAAAAUCUAUCCCUGAAAUUAGCUCCGGGUAUUGCUUCGGACGUGAAUCGGCCUAUCAAGUCUACGAGUUACAUGAGAGCCCUCUUUGAUUAUGAUCCCUCGGAGGACACGCUUCUACCUUGCCGAGAGAUCGGUCUACCCUUCCAAAAGGGCGACGUCCUCCAGAUCAUCGAUCAAGCCGAUCCUAACUGGUGGCAGGCACGAAGAGUGGAGGGCGAAGGUCUGGGAUCACCUGGGCUGAUACCCUCGCUCGAGCUGGAGGAGCGCAGAAAGGCGUUCGUACCGCCUGAGGCUGAUUUCGUUCACAAAAUAAGCAUCUGCGGCACCAGGAUAUCCAAAAAGAAAAAGACGAAGAUGUACCAGUCCAAGUCGAAUGGUGAGUUUGACAGCGCCGAACUGCUCCUCUACGAGGAGGUCGCGCGGAUGCCGCCAUUUCGACGCAAAACUUUGGCUCUGGUCGGUCCGCGUGGCGUAGGUCGACGAACAUUGAAGAACAGGCUGAUUAACAGCGACCCCGAGAAGUUCGGCACUAUCGUACCAUACACGUCGAGACCGCCUAGAGUGCUCGAGGAGAACGGCAAGAGUUAUUGGUUUACUGAUCGCGAGUCCAUGGAGACCGACAUAAGGGAGCACAGGUUUUUGGAGCACGGCGAACACGGCGGACACCUGUACGGCACGAAACUGGACUCAGUGCGGGAGCUGAUAAGGGCCGGCAAGAUGUGCGUACUGGACUGCAGCCCGAUCGCGCUCAAAAUCCUUCAUAAUAGCACGGAGUUUAUGCCUUACGUCAUAUUCAUUGCCGCGCCCGGAAUGGAGCAAUUGAAAUCUUUGUACGAUCUCGGAAGAUCGACCGGUGCCAGCAGUCGAAAUCUAACGUUCGACCGCCAGAGUUCCAUCAGAUACAGCUCGAGAAGAGCCAGGACCUUGGAGUCCCUCGCAUCUUUGUACGAGGAGGAUGAUCUAAAAUCCACGUUAGAGGAAUCGGCGGCUCUACAAAGAGCCUACGAGAAGUACAUCGACUUGGUGAUCGUGAACGAAGACUUCGAUGAGACAUUCAGGCAGGUAGUCGCGGCUCUGGAUGCUUUAGCCACGGAGCAUCAAUGGGUGCCGGUCAAUUGGAUCUAUUAAUCAAUUUUUGAACACAACGUAUGACAUCUAUAGAAGACUUGAGGAUUGAGAAGGUGGAAGAUCUGCGAGGAGCUUUUUUCGCGCGAAAGAAAAAUUUUUUAUUACUGCCUACAUCACGUACGAGAUUAUACUACCAGGAAGUGAUAUUCUGCUAAUAAUAGGUAGCAAGAUGUCGUUUAUUUGAUGUCAUUAAUCAUUUAUGACGAACAAAUCUAUCAAAUCUUGACAUUGAAGGUGAUAUCUAAAUAUGUAAAAAUGACAUGGAUUUGUCACAGCCAUGUAACGUCAUAUACAGACGAAGGAAAUACGUCAUUAUUUUCGUAUUUUAUACUAAACUAAUCACUAAUGAUGUUACCACUACGUCGUCGAUAUAUCGAGUGAUAAAUUGAUAUAAUAAAAUUUAUCACAUUGUAAAUAUAUAGAGGAGGAAUAAAUAAAUGACGUCAUUAUUACAUCUUAGGUAACAUGACGCUAAUAAUUGAAAAUAACUAAUUGACGUCAAAAUGACGACAGUUUGUUGCUUGGCCAGACUUUCGUUUGUCACGCGACUAGAAAAACGCGAGGCACACGUGUUGUAAUCAAGAGUACAAAGAAUGCUACGAAUAUCUCAUGCCGAGCGAAACGAUAUCGAUGCGUUGUCGCGUGAAGGGCGCGAUCGAGAAUCUCAUUAUCGCCGUUUAUUAAUUAAAUACACGUUUACGUUAGUUCGUUAUAGAUUUACAAACGACCCGUUCUGCAUAAAAUCUCAUUAGUUUUAUUUUGCAAAUUACUGUGUAGGAUUAUUACAUCAAUCAGUGGACAAAUAAAAAAUUGACCUAGUCAAUGAAUAAAUAAAAACUUAUAAUUGUAUUUAAAAAAAUUUUUUUUAUCAAAUUUACAUAAAAAUUAGAUAUAAAGAAGCAAUGAAUUUGCAAUAUAUUAUUUUGAUAUUUUGAUAUUGUUUUAAUAUUUUUGUUAAAUAAUUAUUUUUAGUAACGAUACUUUCAGCGAAACUGAUACAGUAAUUCAACGUCAAAUUGUAAUAUAUAGAGAAUAUAUAGAGAACCAGUAAAUUUUCUCAAUUAUUCAUUUUGCAGCAUAGUGAUAACAAUAGGAAAUACUAAUUAUAUAUAGCUGUAUAAAUGAAUAUUCGGCCUUUUUAGCACAAUUUUGAUAUUUAUUUAUUAAAAAAACAAGUAAUUACCUAAUGUUGAAAGUAAUCUUCCUCGCUUUCUAUAACGCAUUUUCGCCAUCUCUCAGCCAACUUUUGGAUAUCGUCUCGAAAGAAAGAUAGCGAUUUUGACCGAAUAAAGUCAUUGAAUAAAGUCAUUUUUUUACUUCCUCGAGAGAUUGAUCUGGCGAAUCGACCGUUGAUGCUGUAGCAACCGCAAAAGGCGAUAGUCUAAAGGAACAAGGUCUGGAGAAUACGUGAUGAGGGAGACUUUCCCAAUCCAUGUUGGAGAUAACUUCCAUGGAUCGAACAAAUCAUUUUUUGUGCUACGGCAUUUUCUUUUUAAUUAGAAUGUAAAAAAGGAGACAGUGCCUUGAGUGCUGCUUUCCGAACAACAUUGGUUUUACUACUGUUUUUGAGAUUAUGUCAGUAGUACUAUUAACCAUUAUAGCUUAUUUUAAAGCUUAAAAAUUGGCGGAAAAAAUUUAAAUUUAAAUAAAUGCUAUAGUUAAUUUAAUGUAGAGACCGAGAAUUAAUUUAUACACCUAUACUAUAACUAGACUUUAGUUACUUAUAUAACUAGUUAUAUAAUUAUAAAAACAACUAGUUAUAUUUUUUUUAAACGAAGAAAGAAAUGCUUCUUAUAUAACGAAUAAAAUUAUAUUGCAUUAUAGAAGACGUGUUUAAUUUGAAGAUAUUAAAAUGUUUAUUUCUUGUUGCUGUCUUUUAAAUACUUAGAAAUGUUUUAACAUUUUUGGAAAAGUUUUAAAUUGUAAAUAUUUAAAACAUUUAUAAGCAUUUAUAAAACAAUAAUAAAAGAUAAACAUUAUGAUGUCUUAAAAUUAAAUAAUUCUUUUAUGAGUGCAAACUGUAAUUUUUACUGCCAAUCUCGACAACGACUGUAAAGUAGCAACGGAUCGAUUGAUGUGUUAGACCGCCGUCCAGUUAAUUUUAGCAUACUUUAAUUAAUUUUAGUUAACAAUAAUCGCGUACUCGCGGACGAUCAUUUUACUUAUUCGAUUCUAUUAUAAACUUUUUUCCUCGUGAAUUCUGUUUCGUGUCUCAUUUUGCUAUUCGUGCACGCUAAAUAAUAUUCUCGGUAUGGAGUGCCUUAAUAACGCGAAGCCUAUAAUAUUAAUGGGAAUUAAUGCGAAAAGAUCUGCUGUAUUGACUUGACAGAGUCUCGUCUUGCAUUCGGGGUUUAUUAAAAGACAAAGCUAACAAUGCCUUUUUUAUAUUUGACGGACACACGCAUAUGCAUUUACACAUAUUCGAAUCCAACAUACACAUUUUCACAAUCCAAUGUACCUCUUCCAAAAAAAUCAUCUAUAUGUAGAUUUAAGAACCGCUUUGUACGUAAUGGAUACGUAAUAACUAUAAAUAUAUAUCUGUAUGUUAAGUCGAGACGUUUGUCCCGAAGAGCAACUUGAUGCACGAUGUGGAAUAAAGUUUAUCGAGCAUUUGUUACAAAUCAUA